AAUCAAGGCAAAAUUAGUUUCUAUCCUUAUAUCGCAAUGUCUACACUGUGGCUAUAUGUUCUCUUGUGUUUUCGGUACGCCGACUCUGCCAAAAUCCUCGGAUUUUUCUCGUUUCCCUCUGUGAGUCAUCAGAUCAUUUUCCAAUCCAUUUGGAAAGAACUGUCUCUUCGCGGACACGAAGUCACAGUGAUUACUCCAAAUCCUUUGAGUGAUACGAGUCUGAAAAACCUAAAAGAAAUUGAUGUCCGUUCGGCUUAUGAAGUGCUGUCUAAAAAAAAUUUUUCCGGUAUCAUGGGAACGAGUACUUCUCCUCUAUUUAAAGUUUUUUUUAUCCACGACAUGUUGAUCAGCAUCACUGAAGCCGAAAUUCAACAGAAGAGCGUUUUAGAGCUGAUGGCACUAGAUGAAAACCACUUUGAUGUCAUUCUUGUGCAAUCUCUGCACCCGUUGAUGUAUUUUACCGGAGCUAAGUUCAGAGCACCCAUAAUAGUUUCGAAACAUUGUAACACGCAUAGUCUGUCCUCGCGUGUGAUGAUGUCUACGACAUGGCUGUACUUCCUGCUUUGUUUCUGGUUUGGAGAUUCUGCAAAGAUCUUGGGCUUCUUCCCGUAUCCCGCUAUCAGUCAUCAGAGUCCCUUCCAAGCCCUUUCGAGAGAACUCUCUCUUCGGGGUCAUGAGGUCACAGCGAUAACUCCAAAUCCAUUGAAUGAUCCGACCUUGAAAAACUUAACUGAAAUUGACGUCCGCUUCGUCUACGAUAUACUGGCUCGAAGGAACAUGACUGUUCAAAUGGGUAAAGGGUUUUCGACCUAUUUUAAAGUUAUGUUUCUCCACGAAACAAUUUUAGCCCUAGUAGACGCAGAACUACAACAGAAGAAUGUCGCGAAACUUCUGACAUAUGACGAAAGUCACUUCGACGUACUUCUGGCACCGGCGAUACACCCCUUGACAUAUCUGUUUGCGGCUAAAUUCCGAGCGCCUGUUGUAGGGGUGUCAUCCUUCGACAUAUUUCUUGAAUUCCACGAUGCCGUCGGAAACCCUACUCACCCCAUCAUCUCUCCAGAAAUAGUUUACAAUGGCUUCGACAAGGAAUUGUCAUUCGUUGAAAGAGUCAAAAGCGUGCUAUUCCAUAUUUGGUACAGAGCAAUAUACUACUGGCAUAUUCUUCCCGAAGCUGAUAAAGUAACGAGAAAGUAUUUGGGUGAAGAUGUGCCUUAUCUCGGAGACGUCAUCAAAAACACCAGUAUGUUUUUAGUAAAUGUCAACUGUAUUCUUCAUAAAGUUAGAGCUAACGUUCCAAAUGUGAUUCCCAUGAGUCAGAUGCAUAUCAGGAAGAAGAAACCCCUUCCAAAGGUAAGCAAUUGGUUUGGAAAGUUUUGUUCAGGAUAUUAUUUCUGUCAAUUUGAUUUUGCAGGCCAUCCCAACAUCAAAGUUUUUAUAACACAAGGAGGAGUUCAGUCUUUGGAAGAGGCUAUUGCCAACGAAGUACCAGUAAUUGGUCUUCCUUUCAUCUCCGAUCAAAGCGCAAACGUCAAACGAAUGAUGGAUCGAGGAGCUGGACUGGGUUUGGAUCCAAAUACCCUAACGAAGGAUGAUCUGAGAAAUGCAAUCUUGGAGGUAGCAACAAAUUCACAGGACCUUGCACCAGGAAAAUCUACCGUUCAGAAGUGCUUAGCUAAGUUCAAACGAGAUAAAAUGAGCACCGAAGACGAUGCACGCAGUGCCCCAAAGCGACUAUUACCGACGAAACUAUCAAAGAAGUACAAAAAACAAAUCAAGAAAGCGAAGUCAAUCUUGUUGGAUGAGCCCUUGGUAGGGGUGGAGAAAGCGGUCUGGUGGAUUGAAUACGUGCUCAGACACAAGGGUGCGCCUCACCUCCGCAGUGAAGCUGCUGACAUGAGUUUCUUCGAGUAUUUCAUGGUCGACGUUCUGGCGUUCCUAUCAAUUUGUGUACUUUUGGCUUCAUUCAUAUUUAUAUAUUCAAUGAGAGUUUUAGUGAAAUUGGGACUAUCCAUAUCCGAAUCGCCUAAGCAGAAAUCUGCUUGAGAUAAUCUAAUCAUUUAUUUAUCGACGAUAUUAUGAAAAUAUCAUGGACAUUUUAUUAACCACAGAGUGUAUAAAUGAAUAGAUCACAAAUGAGACUGAAAAUAAAUCGAUGAAAUUCACGAAAAA